ACUAACAAUCCUUAUUUUUCAUUCACGUACAUAGACCACAAAUGCUAUUUUCUUUGAGUCAAAAACCUAUGUCACAAUUUUCAACCAUUCCCACAUUCACUUUCAUGUAUAGCCAUUCUAUAUGUUAACAUUGUUCUGAUACAUACAAUGACACUUUCAUACACAUCUAACAAUUUUCACCACUACUAACACAAUUUUUGACAAAGUAAACCAACCCAAUCCUUGUCUUUUUCCACCCGUUGGUCAAAGAGUAAAACUUGCACCAAUCUCCUUCCUUCCACGUUUUUAUUUAUUUAUUUCCCAGCAAAAACAGUAACAAUAUUGUACCAGCAGGCUAUCAAAAUAAUUUCUAAACAACACCAUCAAUAAAUUACCAAACGAUUCAAAACUCUUAAAUUUUCUUCAAAUAAAAUAUGAGUCAAAAUAAUAUGUUUUGUACAAGUUUUAUUGUGUUUUUUUGCAGAAGGAGAAAAACCCAGCAAUGAGGAGCACCGAGCCGUGUCGCGAUUUGUCCUGGAACGCGUCGGCUGUCACCAACGGAACCUUGCAACAGUCGCCCUCUUCGAAGACGAACUCCGCCGCGAUGAUCCAAGAUGCUUCCUUUUCCGAUCCCAACCGCAAGCCGCUUUCUCCGGGAUCCGAAUCGCACCAGAUCCAUCACGCACAGCACUCGGAGCAACAACGUCACACUUCCGCCGACCCUCAAGCUCUGGCGAACUCUCCACUCCACCAACGGUGCACCGCUCCCGUCGUCGCCAUAUCGUCGCGGGCCUUCUGACGGGUUAGUUCCGUUCUUUUUUUGCUUUCCAUAUAUUCACAUAUAUCUUAUACUAUGUUUGAGUUUUAACCUUUGAGCAAAAGGAGUGAGAUUGUUUGGAUUUUGUUGUAAAGGGAAGAACUUGUAUUUGAAUCGGUUUGUUUCACGUUCUGGAAAAUAGACGUGAGUUGAAGAGAUCUUUUUGAUCUAAAAUUUGUCUGCUUCUUCUUAUAUUGCUUUACUUGAUGUUUUUGUUUUAUUUUAACUAGCAGGAUACCCGUGCUAUCGCACGGGGCCGUUUGAGUUUAAUAUUACGUGGAUAAGAUCUAUCUUAUAAAGUUAUUCUGUAUAUAUUUAAACAAUACACAUAUUAAUUGGAUGACUAUCGGAAAUAAAAUAAAACAUGUAGUAUAUUAAAUAAUAAUUAACGAUGUAAGAGCUAAUUAACGAUGUACUUUUGAAUAAAGACUUGGUCUUCCGCGUCAAAUAUCAAUCUGAUUUCGGUCAAUUCUCUAUUGUCACUAUACUUAACGAGGACAACUUAUACAAGAAGUUUGACAACUACCUCACACCUAAUGAGCAAGAAUCAAUUGAAGCUGUUAAAGAAAUUCCGGCAAAUGGUGUUACUGAGGAACCUAUCCAACCUAAUGGAACACCAAUUUCUGAACCAACCGAAUCUGCUCCGAUGUCCGUUGCUGGCAACACUUCUGGGAGUCCUACUGCAAGCUCUAGCACUACUCCAGCCAAGAGGUUUGCUCCAUCAACCUCUAUCAAUGAUGCCAUGUUAUCUGAAGAAAUCACACCCAAGCAGUCUGCCACUAAAGCCAAGCCUAUCAGGAAGACUAAGUUGAUUAAGAAGGAGUAAACUGGUGGGCCUAACUCGGAUGUUUUGGUUCCUUUUUGAUGCAUAACUUUAUGUGACACCCUUUUUUAUAUGGGAGCAACAAAGCCCUAUUGACUUUGGAAAGAUUUUUGGGUAACCAAUUCCUACAAGGUCUCUUCAACCUUAAAUGCUAAAGAUACUUCCCCAAGUGUGUGACAUGUCAUUAUCACUGCAGCCUGUCCUUUCUCUGCUGCAACUAUGGGAGCAGCAUGACCUAUUGACCUUGUCACUUCAGGCUUAAAUGCUUAACAUACUUCCCCAAGAAAUAUAUAUCACCAGAAUUUACAAAGUUGCAAACGAGGCAUUUUCUGCUGCUUUGUGGCUGCUGUUUUCCAAUGGCUUCGAAUGCAACUAUAGCUCUUACCAACUAAUCAUCUACAAUAGACAAAGAUCCAUCAGCAAACAAGGGAUUAGUUAGUGUGGACGAUGGACCGUGUUGCUAUUAUAACUCCACGGAAAAAAGCAAGAGCAAGACGAGCAUUGAUUUUGAAAGAAAAUCGUUCAAAACGUCAAAAAUAUUCUACUCACCUUCCAAUUCAUUUUGACACAGACCAUAGUUCUCCAUCUUCAAGUACGCUAAGACCACCUUUAUCCGACUUGACCCCGUCAUUUCAGAACACGAAUUUAAUAUCGCAAACUCCCACCGAAAGUUCAAAACCUAGCCUAUCAAGACAUGCUUUUAAAAGAAAUAGAAAGUGCAGGCAGAUAGACUCACUAGGAAGAAACUUAUUGUCCAAGUUUUCCUCAAAGCCUACAGUUGACACAAAUGAAGGGAUUAAUCUAUCAACCUUGGAAAAUAUACAAGAGCUAUCGCCUGUUAAUCAGAGCAUCAUCAGUGAAGUUGGAAGUUCUUCUAAUACACCGACAUCACUGGGAAUUAAUAGACCUGGUGGAGGCAGGCCUAAAACAAACUUGGGACUUCCCAACCUAGCUCUAAACUUGACCAGCAAGUUUCCUAUCAUAACCCAAAAAAAUGGGAUUCCCUCUUCUAUAGUGACACCAGAAUCGAGCUCAGGAAAAAGGGUGCAAAUUGAGACUGAUCAGCACCGUGCAUCUGGUAACAAGUCGACACUUACUCAGAGAACAGACCUGGAUACACAUACACUACAAACUGAUCAUUCUAUACAGGCGUGCAAGGAGAACUGUCCAUCUUCGGCCGUAACUCAUGAACCGCCAACAGUCAAAAAACCAGUUAGGGGCAGGCCCAGAAAGCGUUUGGGAGUUCCGGACCUCGCGUUCAACUUGAGCAGCCAGAUACCGGUCCAGAUUAAUGAACAUCAAAUAGGGCAUUCUAAAGGCACACCCGAUUCUACCUCACAUACCAGGGGACAAAAGACACCUGCUGCCCAUAAUUUGGAGAUCCCUCAACCAAAUGCCCAGCCUUCCUGUAGUGUGGCUACACCAUUAUCACAGUCCACACAUAAAAACAACCAUCUUCCUGAGCCGGCAUGUCCGGUUUUCACACCUACUGUCAAUUUGGAUUUUAACACUGAUUCCGAAGAUGAUAGCGAAGACUAUGACCCGUUCGCAGCUUAUCAUUCCGAAGAUGAAAUAUUUGACGAAGCUGAAGAGAAUACACCGCCUUUUACAAUUAAUGACAAUUCUGCUGGUACUUCUGAAGAUUAUUACGACAUCGGUUCACCUCUAAUUGAAUGCCGGUAUUGUAAAGCAAUGAUGUGGUAUCAGGAGAGGAUGCACAAAAGUUCUCAUGCAGCUAAUCCGAAGUUUAUGCUCUGUUGUGGAAAUGGGAAAGUUGAACUUCCAUUGCUACAAGAACCUCCAAAUAUACUUGCCCAGCUCUUAUUUGAUCACGAUAACUUAGACAGCAGGAAGUUCCAGCAACAAAUCCGAGUGUAUAAUAUGAUGUUCGCCUUCACAUCACCCGGAGCUAAGUUGGACAACCGUUUUAACAAUGGACGUGGGCCUCCAACAAUUAGGGUACAAGGUAAAACGUGCCAUCGAAUUGGGAGUUUGUUACCUCCUGAAGGUCAAAUGCCAAAGUUUGCUCAAUUGUAUAUUUACGACACCGAGAAUGAGGUCCAAAAUAGAAUGCACGGACUAAGGAACAAAGAAGACUUUGAUGAAGGUAUUGUACAUCAAUUGUCGGAGAUGCUGUAUCGGUGCAAUCCUCAUGCUAAGAGUUUUCAAAUGGCAAGGCAAUGGUUAAAUAGUGAGGAUACACAAAACUUGAAGUUGAGAUUAAUUUCGGAGAGAUCCAAAGAUGGCAGAGUAUACAAUCAACCAACCGUUUCUGAAGUUGCUGCCUUGGUAGUUGGCGAUAUUGACACAGCGGAGAUGAGGGAUAUUAUUAUGCAAACAAGAGGAGGAAGACUUAAGAGAAUCAAUGAACUUCAUGCCAGUUACAUGGCUUUUCAGUAUCCUUUGAUAUUUCCGUAUGGUGAGGACGGUUAUAGGCCCGAUGUAGCUCAUAGAGACUUGCCGAUAUACGAAAAUAGCGUCAGAAACAGGCUUACAAUUAGAGAAUGGCUUGCAUUUCGCAUUCAGAGUAGGAAGAAUGAAGCGAAAACUUUGUUGUCCUCACGAAGGUUGUUCCAGGAAUUUCUGUGCGAUGGUUACACAAUGUUAGAAUCAGAGAAAUUGGAAUGGCUACGAAAGAAUCAACCAAAGCUUAGGGUAUGCAAGUAUAGUAGACUAAAUGAAGAAGGCGAUCAGAGUCAAACCACAGGGUCAAACAUAGGUAAAAGAGUUGUUUUGCCAUCUUCGUUUGUGGGCGGUCGCCGAUUUAUGGAUCAAUUGUACUACGAUGGGAUGGCUAUUUGUAGUAAAGUUGGGUUUCCUGAUUUGUUCAUUACAUUUACCUGCAAUCCUAACUGGCCUGAGAUUCAAAGAGUUCUUGGUCCACUUCAUUUGAAACCACAAGAUCGACCGGACAUCAUAUCAAGAAUAUUCAAAAUAAAGUUUGAUCAAUUGCUAGCCGAUUUAACCAAGAAAGGUGUACUAGGAAAAGUCCUUGCUUAUAUGUACACCAUUGAAUUUCAAAAGAGGGGAUUACCACAUGCCCAUAUAUUGAUAUUUCUGCAUCCUUCAAACAAAUAUCCAACACCCGAUGACAUUGACAAGAUCAUUAGUGCGGAAGUGCCCGAUCCCAUAACACACCCACGAUUGUACAAUUUGGUGAAAAAUCAUAUGGUCCAUGGUCCUUGUGGCUUGGCAAAUGUUCUCUCACCUUGCAUGAAAGAUAAUAAAUGCUCCAAGUUUUACCCCAAGAAAUUUCAACCUUCAACUAUAGUGGACCAAGAUGGUUAUCCUGUUUAUAGGAGAAGAAAUAACGGACACAGAAUUGAGAAAAACGGUGUAAUUUUUCAUAGUGGUCAUGUUGUUCCUCACAACCCAAGUUUGUUGUUGAAGUACGAAGCACACAUCAACAUGGAAUGGUGCAAUCAAAGUACUUCCAUCAAAUACCUUUUCAAAUACAUAAACAAAGGUUCUGAUCGAAUUUCCGCUGUCAUACAAGGAGAAGACAAAGACAACGUUGACGAGAUCAAGCAAUAUCUAGAUUGUCGUUACAUCUCUCCAAGUGAGGCAUGUUGGAGGAUAUUUUCUUAUUCUAUACAUGGUAGAAAGCCAGCCGUAGAGAGAUUGUAUUUUCACAUGGAAGGUGAAAACUCGGUAUUCUACAAAGACUACGAGCAAGUUGGUGAUGUUUUACUCAAACCAAGUGUAACCGAGUCGAUGUUUACUUCUUGGUUUGAAGCCAACAAAACGUACGAAGAUGCUAGAUUACUAACUUAUGGUGAUUUUGUUUCUAAGUUUGUUUACCAUAAACGAAGUCGAAGUUGGAAACCAAGGAAGCGAGGAUAUACAAUUGGUCGGCUUAUUUGGGUCCCUCAAAGCACCGGUGAAUUGUUUUAUUUAAGGAUGAUGCUCACGGUAAAAAAAGGCCCUUUGUGUUACGAAGACAUCAAGACUGUGGAUGGUAAAAAACAUAAAAGUUUUAGAGGAGCAUGCUUUGCGAUGGGAUUUCUACAAGAUGAUCGAGAAUUUGUCGAGGCAAUAAAAGAGGCACAUGUUUGGGGUUCUGGAGUCUUUUUACGGAAAUUAUUUGUUACCAUGUUGUUAUCCUCAUCCAUGAAUAGACCAGAGCAUGUGUGGAGGAAGACUUGGAUGUAUCUAUCGGAUGGAAUUCUUUACGAACAACGCUUAUUGGCCGGAGAUCAAGGUUUGAUGCUAACCGAUGAGGAGCUAAAGGAUUUAACGUUAAUGGCUAUUGAAUCAUUGUUGCAAAACAAUAAUAAAAGUUUGAAGGACUUCAAACCAAUGCCAUAUCCAAAAGACUAUGUUGUUUCCUUUAUAGGAAAUAGGCUCCUUUAUGAAGAGCGUCAAUACAAUGUUGCCGAACAACAACAGCUUUUUGCUGGAUUGUACUCUUCUCUUACCGAUGAACAAAGAGCAAUUUUUGAGGAAAUUAUGGAUUCUGUAGAAAAGCAACAAGGUGGGGUUUUUUUCUUAUAUGGCUACGGUGGAACCGGUAAGACCUUCAUGUGAAACACUUUAUCAGCAGCACUUAGGUCUAAGAAAAAAAUCGUCUUGCCGGUUGCUUCAAGUGGGAUUGCAAGUUUGUUGUUACCAGGCGGAAGAACAGCUCAUUCUAGGUUUAAGAUUCCUGUCCCUACUUUAGAAACUUCUAUUUGCAACAUAAACAAAAAAGAUCAUCUUGCUGAGCUUCUAAAGAUGACAGAUCUAAUCAUAUGGGAUGAAGCUCCUAUGGCUAACAAGUUUUGCUUUGAGUCUCUUGAUAAAUCCUUGAAAGAUAUCAUGAGUGGAAUUACACAUGCUGGUGACAGUAUAUUUGGAGGUAAGGUUGUUGUCUUUGGUGGUGACUUCAGACAAAUUCUGCCCGUUAUACCAAGAGGUACUAGAUCUGAUAUUAUCCAUGCAACAAUCAAUUCUUCUUAUAUUUGGGAUCACUGUAAAGUGUUGAGGCUUACAAAAAACAUGCGCUUGCAAACUGGUGCCACUACUUCUACUACUCAUGAUAUUAGGAGCUUUUCAGAGUGGAUUUUACAAAUUGGAGAUGGAACCAUGUGUGAGCCCAAUGAUGGGUAUGCAAGUAUUUGUAUUCCAGAAGAGUUUUUAAUUUCAAGCUUCUCCGAUCCCAUUAAGGCAAUUGUUGAGGAUACAUACCCAGAUCUCAUUCAUAACUAUCUUGAUUCCAACUACCUCUAAAGUCGUGCAAUUUUAGCUUCGACAAUUGAAGUGGUCGAUGAUAUCAACCAAUAUAUUACAAACCUUCUUCUAGGAGAAGAGAGAGAAUACUUCAGUAGUGAUUCUAUAGAUAAAUCUGAUUCAACUAACUUUGAUGCAUAUGAGCAUGUCACACCGGAGUUCCUAAAUGCCCUUAAAACUUCAGGAUUACCUAAUCACUCUAUCAAGGUGAAAGUUGGUGCCACCAUUAUGUUGAUGCGCAAUCUUGAUCAGUCUGAAGGCUUGUGCAAUGGUACACGACUGACGGUAACUAGGCUUGCCUCUCAUGUCAUUGAAGCAAAGAUAAUUUCUGGAAAAAAUAUUGGUAACCUCAUUUAUAUUCCUAGAAUGUCUUUGUCCCCCUCACAAUCUCCAUGGCCAUUUAAAUUGGUAAGACGCCAAUUCCCUAUUAUCGUUUCCUUUGCCAUGACAAUUAACAAGUCUCAAGGGCAAUCUCUAGACUACGUCGGUUUGUAUUUGCCAAAGGAUGUUUUUAGUCAUGGUCAAUUAUAUGUGGCUAUCUCUAGAGUUAAAUCCAAAAAGGGAUUAAAGAUUCUUAUUCAUGACAAACAAAGAGAACCAAUGAAUACCACCACUAAUGUUGUGUUCAAAGAAGUGUUCCAAAACAUAUGAGGUCCAAUCCACCAAUUCUUUCAGAAGUUUCAAAUGGCAACUCUACAUAUUUUAGGAACCCAUGAUAACAGCUUUUGUAUUUUGUUUUUUAUAACAACAUUAUCAUUGGUUUAUUAAAAGCCAUUUUUGUCUUAAUGUUAUUUGCUACUGUAUUAUCAAUUGCAAAGUACUAAAACAUUCUUGAAUUACACUUUACCUCAAAAAUGAGGCUUAUAUACAAAAUUCUAUUACCCGUGCGGGAGCACGGGUCUCUGACUAGUUUUGAUCUAAAAUUUGUCUGCUUCUUCUUAUAUUGCUUUACUUGAUGUUUUUGUUUUAUUUUAACUAGCAGGAUACCCGUGCUAUCGCACGGGGCCGUUUGAGUUUAAUAUUACGUGGAUAAGAUCUAUCUUAUAAAGUUAUUCUGUAUAUAUUUAAACAAUACACAUAUUAAUUGGAUGACUAUCGGAAAUAAAAUAAAACAUGUAGUAUAUUAAAUAAUAAUUAACGAUGUAAGAGCUAAUAACA